CAGAUUAUUGUUUUUGACAUUAUCCUAUUUUCUGUCAUCGCCGAUGCUAGCAAGCUAAAAAAAUUAAUAAAAACAUUAUUUUAAGUAAAUUAAUUUAAAAUAAUUUAUAACUUACCUCCCCCAUUGUUAUUGUAUUGACUUUGUGCUAUUGGCAGAUUAAAAAAUACCGGAAAUCGAGAUUGAUAAUAAAAAAUGAAAAGCCAAUGUACGAAAGUCAUGCAGAUGAGAGCAUCAACGUGGAAAUUGGAAUAGUGCAGCAAAAACGCACAAACGUAAACAACAAAUGUAAUAACUGUCUGAGAAUUAUAAAAAAUGCAAACAUCAAAAGAAAAGACUACAGACCAUGAAUGGACGCCAGAGGAAGAGAUACAGUUAUUUUAUGCUUUGUCCGGGAUGAAACCGGUUGGAGUUAAUCGACAUUUUUAUGUGGCCUGCGUUGCUGAGCGUUUGUCGCGCAGUUUAAACCGUGAUUUUCUCGGGGAGCAUAUAUGGACACACUUGAAGUCGAUGUAUAAUUUAGAUGUCUUACAGUUACAUGAACAGGUACCUUUUCCUAAUGAACAGAAAGAAUUUUCAUUGCCGGAAGUGGAGUUUGGGGUGUUUAUGUCCAAAAAAGCAGCAUCUAGUGAAGAAAGACGACAAAGUUCGGACGGGCCGCCAUCGAUUAUAGCUGUGGCAACCGACAACACCACUACCAGGGAUAAAAAUCAAAGCUACUUAUUUAGUAAAACUUCGUCCCUAUCAAGCGGAGGUCACCAAACGAUUAAGGAUUUGGAUAAAAAAAUUACUUCAAAAUUAAUAGAUGUUCCGAAACGCCUUCCGAAACGUACGCGAGGUUCUGCAUCAUUGGAAUCUAAUAGUCCCUCAACCACACCACCACCGACGCAAAACAAUAAAAGAAGACGUAUUUAGAUACCAAAUACAUUUUUUUUUUAUUAAUCAUCAAAAUCAUCUGUUUCCUGAUCUUGCUUAUGCGAACUGUAAACGGAAAAUGGUGUUAAAACAUUUUCUGUGUUAAUGUACUCCAAAAAUGUUUUCAAUAAAUGUUUAUUGAUUUCGUCA